AUGGUGCUGUGGGCCAUGGUCCACUCCAGCUCUCCAGGAUACGGACUCAGGGCCCUGCGAAGGACUACAGGGGGGCGGAGGGGGUCCAUAGGACUGACAGGACAGGAUGCCAACGGAGUGCCACUGAGGCGCUCCAAACGAGGUUGGAUGUGGAACCAGUUCUUUUUGCUGGAGGAGUACACCGGGUCAGACAUGCAGUAUGUCGGAAAGCUUCACUCAGAUUCGGAUCGUGGUGAUGGAAGUGUAAGGUAUGUCCUUACAGGCGAAGGAGCCGGCACCCUCUUUAGGAUAGACGAGAAGUCGGGGGACAUCCACGCCACCAAGAGGCUGGACAGGGAGGAGAAAGCCUAUUACAUCCUCCAUGCCAAAGCCGUCAACCGCUUCACCAAUGUGGCGCUGGAGGGCGAGUCUGAGUUCAUCAUCAAGAUCCACGACAUCAACGACAAUGAGCCGCGAUUCACUAAGGACCCAUACAUGGCCAGAGUCCCUGAGAUGUCCGACAUCGGCACCUCGGUAAUUCAGGUGACAGCCACAGACGCAGACGACGCCACGUACGGGAACAGCGCCAGGGUGGUGUACAGCAUCCUGGAGGGCCAACCAUACUUCUCUGUGGACCCAGAAACUGGCCUGAUCAAGACAGCCCUGCCUGGCAUGGACAGAGAAGUCAAGGAAAACUACCAGGUUGUGAUCCAGGCUAAAGACAUGGCCGGACAGAUGGGCGGGCUUUCAGGAACCACGACGGUCAGCAUCACCCUCUCGGAUGUGAACGACAACCCGCCUCGCUUCACCAAGUCUCUCUACGAGUUCAGGGUGCCCGAGACCAACGAGCUGGGGUCUGUGGUGGGAGUGAUCCGGGCCAUGGACGCAGACAUUGAAGAGAAUGCGGAGAUGGACUACAGGAUCACUGGGAGCGACGGUCCCAGCAUGUUUGAUAUCAGCACCAAUCGGAGCACUCAGGACGGCGUCAUCAUGCUGAGGAAGCCUCUGGACUAUGAGCGGAAGCAGCAGUACACUCUGCGGGUUCAGGUGGAAAAUGUCCACAUCAACCCACGCUUCUUCUCCAUGGGCCCCUUCAGGGACGAGGCCGUCAUCAAGAUCACCGUGGAGGACGUGGACGAGCCGCCGGUGUUCGAGCGUGGCAGCUACGUCAUGGAGGUCAAAGAAGAUGCAGCCAGGAACACUAUCAUUGGCUCCGUCAGUGCGUCUGAUCCUGACAUCAAACACAGUCCUGUCAGGUACUCUAUUGAUCGGCGCACAGACAUGGACAGAGUGUUCAACAUCCAUGCCGGCAACGGGUCAGUGUUCAUCCUCAGGGAGCUGGACAGAGAAGAGAACGCCUGGCACAACAUCUCCGUCAUCGCCUCUGAGUUCAACAAUCCGCGACAUACCAGCCGUGUGCCGGUUUACAUCCGAGUCCUGGACGUCAACGACAACGCUCCGACAUUUGCUACCAAUUACGAGACGUUCGUGUGUGAGAACGCGAAGGCUAAUCAGAGGAUACAAACCGUUAGCGCCACGGAUCCUGACGAGCCACUCGGAGGACAUCGGUUCUUCUUCAGUCUUGCACAGGAGGCUGCUGGGAAGGCUAACUUCUCUGUUCGUGAUAACAAAGACAAUACAGCCUGGAUCCUGACACGGAGGAACAGCUACAACAGCCUACAGAAGAGCAUCUACCAUGUGCCUGUGGUCAUUUCUGAUGGAGAGUUCCCUAUGCAAAGCAGCACCAGCACACUGACCAUCAGAGUCUGCACCUGCGACCGUGAGGGAAACAUGAAGCUGUGCAACGCAGAGGCUCUGACUGCAAGGGCGGGACUCAGCACGGGAGCCUUAGUGGCUAUCUUGCUUUGUGUCAUCAUUCUGCUCAUGAUCGUGGUGCUGUUUGCUGCCCUGAGGAGACAGAGGAAGAAGGAGCCUCUGAUCAUCUCCAAAGAGGAUGUCAGAGACAACGUUGUCAGCUACAACGAUGAAGGGGGUGGAGAGGAGGACACUCAGGCUUUUGAUAUCGGUACACUGCGCAACCCAGAGGCCAUUGAAGAGAGCAAGCAAAGAAGGGACAUUGUCCCUGAAACCUUCUACCCUCCGGUGCGACGGCCAGUGCUUCCCCCCACCCGGGACAAUAACGGGGACGUGAGGGACUUCAUCAACCAGAGGCUCCAGGACAACGACAGCGACCCCACAGCGCCGCCUUAUGACUCCCUGGCCACCUACGCCUACGAGGGCAACGGCUCGGUAGCGGAGUCCCUCAGCUCACUCGAGUCGGUGACCACCGAGGGCGACCAGGACUACAACUACCUGAGCGAGUGGGGACCCAGGUUUAAGAAACUGGCGGACAUGUAUGGGGGUGACGACAGCGACAGGGAUUCCUAACGAGAGCCUGAC